UUCACGGGAAAGAUGGUCGCGAGCACCCGUGUACAGAAGCUCCUUAGACGGUAUAAACUCGCGAUCGCGGCCGGUUUAACGAUCCUGCUGAUCCAGGGGCUGGUGGUAUGGAGCCUGCGGAGUCUGGAGGAGGGAGAGGCGGAGCGGAAGCACAGGCGGUCGAAGUUGCCCGACCACAAUGGGGAGGAGCAGAAAAUGGACCAUGUGGCCUUUGACAGGCAAAAUGCCCUGUCCGGGGCGAAACACGUCCAGUGGAGGCAGCGUCAGGAUCGGCCCGCCGUGACCACCAUCAUCAGGAGGGUGUCUAGACGGAGGAGCAAGCCCUCGUUGAAGGACAAGAGCCUUGGCGGGCUGGAAGAUGGAGUGGCGGUUGAAAAAGUUGCCCAUUACGAUCCCUCAAGCAGCCGUAACUUCAGCGAGACUCAGCGAGGGGAAAUGGCCAAAAUCCAUCUAGUGGCACCUGGAGAGCCGGGCAGCGUCGAGGGUGCUCCUCAAGCCCCGAGCAGUGACUUUGUGCCCAAAUGUGAGAUCUCGGGCAAGGACGCCCUGUCUGCCCUCCAACGUGCUGGUUCACGACAGUGCAGACAGGAGAUCGCCAACAUCGUCUGCCAGCACCAAGCAGGACAGCUCAUGCCUCAGUCUCUGCCUCAGUUUUGCCCACAGCAUGUGAUCUCCAGUGCCAUCCAGCAUGCAGAUUUUUCUGACACUGACUUCUCCAAGGUGGAGAACCCGGUCAGGGUGGUUUUCGUGCUGGUGGUUCAUGGACGAGCAGUCCGACAGUUGAAACGGCUCCUAAAAGCCAUCUAUCACAAAGACCACUUUUACUACAUCCAUGUGGAUAAGCGUUCAAACUACAUGCAUCGGGAAGUGCUUCAGAUGGCGGAGCUCUACUCCAACGUGAGAGCCACGCCCUGGCGGAUGGUCACCAUCUGGGGCGGGGCCAGUCUGCUGAAGGCCUACCUGCGCAGCAUGCAUGAUCUGCUGUCCAUGUUGGACUGGAAGUGGGACUUCUUCAUCAACCUCAGUGCCACCGACUUCCCCACCAGGACCAACGAUGAGCUUGUGGCUUUUCUCUCCCAGAACCGUGACAAGAACUUCCUGAAGUCUCACGGCAGAGAGAACGCAAGGUUCAUUAAGAAGCAGGGUUUGGACCGCCUGUUCCACGAAUGUGACAACCACAUGUGGCGUCUGGGCGAGCGCAGCAUCCCUGAGGGGCUGGAGGUGUCAGGAGGCUCGGACUGGUUCUCCCUCACGCGGAAGUUUGUGGAGUAUGUGGUGAACUCGCAGGACGAGCUGGUGACGGGACUCAAGCAGUUUUACACCUACGCUCUACUGCCUGCUGAGUCUUUCUUUCACACAGUGCUGGGAAACAGCCACAUGUGUGACACUUUGGUUGACAAUAACCUGCGUGUGACCAACUGGAACCGGAAGUUGGGCUGCAAGUGCCAGUAUAAGCACAUAGUGGACUGGUGUGGCUGUUCGCCCAAUGACUUCAAACCCUCAGAACUCAUCAGAAUACAGCAACUAACGCGGCCUACGUUCUUCGCUCGUAAGUUUGAGUCCACUGUGAAUCAAGAGGCUAUUGAGAUCCUGGACAAUCAUCUGUAUGGGCAGUACCCGCCAGGCACGGUGGCACUGAAAGCAUACUGGGAGAGCCUGUUCGAACAGGCUGAUGGGGUCUCAUCCCUCAAUGAUGUGGCCCUCACGGCAUACUCCUCCUUCUUUAGACUGGGCCUCCAUAGGCCGGAGACCACUCAAAGCAGUCCUGAGGCUUGCAGGUUUGAACCCAUUGGCUACCCCAUCUUGGUCCACCUGUAUUUUUAUGAUGACCGAUUCCAGGGUUACCUGGUCAGGCAGGAGGUGCAGAAUGCGGUGACCAGGUCCCGUGAGAUGCUGGAGGUGUGGGCUGUUCCUCAAGCAACACUGCAGCUGGAACACAACCUUCAUGAGUUUGAGCGACUCAAACACCUUGAGGUUGGAACUGAGUGGGAUCCAAAGGAGCGGAUCUUCCGUAACUUUGGGGGUGUGAUGGGACCUCUAGAUGAGCCGGUGGCAGUUCAGAAGUGGGUUCGUGGGCCCAACCUGACAGCCACUAUUGUGUGGAUUGAUCCAGCACAAAUAGUUGCAGCCUCCUAUGACAUCAGCAUAGACAUUGAGGCAGAGUUCACGCAAUACAAGCCGCCCCUACAGCGCCCCCUCAGGCCUGGAGUGUGGACGGUGCGUGUGCUGCGGUUGUGGGAGCGUGUGGCAGAAGCUCGCUUUCUGGUCAUGCCUCUGGCCUUCAAGGGACGUGAGCCCCUGCGCACAGAAGACCAUGGCUGGGUGCAUGCGGGUCCUCCAGGUAACGUGUACUUGGAGCAAAGCUUCCAGCAGCUCACCCACGUGUUGAAGCUGCCGCCCAGCGAGCCCGCCCUGCAGGAGGCGCAGAAGAAGACCUCCCUGGUGGGGAAGCCGCUGGAGGCCUGGGUGGACAGCUCUGUGGGGGCUUUCUGGGUCACUGGAGAUAUUUGCUCUGAGCAGACCUCCUCCUGUCCCUCCAUUGGACUCUGCACCAAGACCUCUUGGAGCUCCUUGUCUCCUGACCCCAAAUCAGAACUGGGGCCAGUCAAAAGUGGCGGUCGUAUUAGGUAGCCUUACAAGCUCGGAUAAAUGGAGCAGAGCAGCGAAGGCCCUGAAGAACAGUCCGCAAGAGUGAUGUUUACGAGUCGUGGUCUUUGAGACCAUCCCAUUACUAGUUGAGGCACCUCCUAUCGAGGGUUUGAAACUGGUUGAGGGUGAAUUUAUGAGAGAAAACGUUUGAAUUUGCACAAAAAGACUGCCAGACGUGGAUAUGUACGAGUCUUGCUUUUAUAAAUCAAUGUUCAGAUGUCACCUAAAUACGUUGUUACAAGGUUCGGAGUCUUAGCACAUAGUUUACGGCGUGGGUUAUUUUACAAAGACCCAAAUCUCAACAAUUUUACAUUUUUAUUCUUUGUUAGAAGAAAGAAAAA